GACCACUUUAUUAAAUAAUCAUUCGAAAGAAAACGAGUAGUUUAUUCAUAGAGGUAUUUGUAUAUAAACGAGGAACGAAUAAAGUAACUAAUUGAUUGUUGUUGUUGUUUUCACCCUCCUGUGCUGUCCCCCUUUUUGAAUAUUCACAUUGUUGCACCCUUCUUACGAUUACUUAUACAAUAUGGAACCCACACCAGUUGAUGCAACAAGUAUUGUGUUGCUAUUGGUAUUCCUGUCAAUAGCGCUCAUCUUCUUGUUGUUCUUUUGUGCAUACAGGUUGUUUUAUGCUGGGUCUGACCGUAAUGAAUACUCGUUGAUUGGGUCUGAUUUCAUGGGAUCGCAUUCCAAUGACGUUCCCCGAGAAUUCCUUAAUGAUGAAGAAUCCUUGACUCAUUUGGCAGAAACUUAUGAUUUCACUCAUUUGUCUCCAGAGGAGCAAACUGCUUAUUUGAAGGGGGAGGAAUUCACCCAGACCAACCCACCUGAUUUCACUAAAGUUCGUGGUAAGACAUUCACUACCGAAGAUGAGAAGUUGAUUAAGGAUUGCGGCAUCAAUGCAUUCCAAUUUGACUUGGAAGAAGAUUUAUUAAAUCCCCACUAUAUUGUUGCCGACAAGACCGAAUUGAAUUUCCAUAACAAUGAUACACCAUAUGCCACCACCACUGCAGUUUUGAAUUAUCCCUUGCCAGUAAAAAACAGACUUUAUUCAGACACAGUUUACUUUGAAACCAAGGUAUUUGAAUUCAACAAUACCGAUAAUCCAAACGCCCAUUUCUCAAUUGGGUUAGUUACCAAGCCAUACCCUACUUCAUUUAGAUUGCCUGGGUAUAACAAAUUCUCCAUUGGGUAUGAAAGCACCGGUAAUUUGAAAAUCAACAAGCCAUUCCCAACUCCAUUACAGCAACAUCAAGGAGACUUAAGUGAAUACAAUGCGCUCGUUCUUCCACCUUUGCAACAAUCCGAUAUAGUUGGGUUUGGGUAUGUUAUUCCUACUGGUACUAUUUUCAUCACCAGAAACGGUAAGAAGAUUUUGGACGUUAUGAGAGGCUGCCAUGUUGAUUUAUACCCUGCAGUUGGUUGUUUCCUGACCAAUGCCAAGUUUCAAGUUAAUUUAGGACAGUUGGGUUAUGUAUGGAUUGAAGCUAAUGUGAGAAAGUAUGGAUUUGUAUCUACCAGCGAUUACAAGAAGAUUGGUGGUGAUCGAGGAUUGGCAGCAUUGCCACAAUACGAUCAAGCCGUAGAAGAUGGUGAUAAAGUAUUGGACAAAGGAGAAGAAUUACCACCCAGAUAUCCCGAAGAAGAAUUAGAUUUCUUUGGAAGAUCUUUACAAAAUGUAUCCAGACUUGGAACUUCUGCUCAACACCAGAAAUUGAAUGAGAAAGCCGAUAGUGAAGUCCAAGAUGAAUUUAAGGAACCACCUCAAGAAGGUGGUUCUUCUACUAUUACUGAUGAGCCAGAAGAAGUUAUGGAUUUAAGAGAAAGAAUCUAUGAACAAAAUAUCCAAAAUGAAUUGUCGUCCGUUUCUGAAAACACCCCAUUGUUUCAAGUUGCUGAACUGCAAGAGCAACUGGAAGAACCUCUGGAACGGGAAGGAACUACAGAUACUGAACAAAACACAACUAUCGAUACCACCCAAGAAACAGCUCAAGAUGAAGCACAACCUCUUAUUGUUGGCGAAUCAAUCACCCCUACACAGCAAGGAGAUUCUCCGGCUCGCAAGGCUAACAAGCCCAAGAAGAAGAAGAAAAAGUCUGGUAAAAAGAAGGGAAAGAAGAAGUAGAUUUAUGACUCUUUGAUUGAUUUCAUAUAUAUAUACUUUCACAAAAGCACUGUACUAAACCUCUAACUACCUGUAGAGCAUAAAAUGCGCCUUUAUUCAAGCUUUUAAAAGCUGUAAUACAAAAAUAAAGACAAUAGUUGCAAAAAGUUAAGAGCUAGCGCAGCCAGGUUUCGAUCCUGGGACAUCAGGGUUAUGAGCCCUGCGCGCUUCCACUGCGCCACUGCGCUCUUUUU